AUGCGGGAGCCAAAACCCCCAAGAACAGCCGGCGGCUCAUUGCCGCGACCCAUGCACAACGGCCACGGGAGCCAAUACGGUUCCUGCAGCUGGGCACCGCGCCACGCGGGUGAAGAUGGCGUGCUCCGGGGCGCUGCGACAGCGGCAGUGGGCCCCCAGCGCCCGGCGAUACCACCCACAUCCCCAGCAGUAACAGCAGCACCAGCGCCCCCGCCAAGCCCCUUGGAUUCACCCGAACCACCAUCGUCGCUCAUCUCCUUUUCCCUCCUCAUCACCCCACCAUCCAGUCCCCCGCCGCCGUCCGAGAUCAGUGACGAUAGCGAUAACACCGCCACCAGCACCGCCACCAACCACCUCGCAAACAUCCGAGCCAGGUUGGCCGCCGCCGCCAGAUCCGCACCCCCGCACUCGGCCAUGUCUGCACCGAGCAAUGACGGAGCCGCCGCGUCCCCCGAGCGGAGGCCGCUGCUCGCGGGGACGGCUAGUGAUGAACCGGGCUGGGACCGGACCGCCGCGGGAACCGUAGGCGACGGGACGGCUGGGGACGCCGAUGCCGAGGAGAGGGCUCUCGGCGGCGGGGCCGCCGGGACGUUCACGCGCAACCUGGGCGCGGUCGAGGCGUUUGCUAUCGUCAUCAGCAUCGUAAUUGGGAGUGGUGUGUUUACGUCGCCCGGGUCGAUUGAUACGAAUGUGCCGUCGCCUGGGGUGGCGUUGGUGGUGUGGUUGGUGGGUGGUGUGUUGGCGUGGACGGGAGCGAGUACGAUGGCUGAGUUGGGCACGGCGAUUCCCGGUGAGGGGGGCGUGCAGCCGUAUCUCAAGUACAUCUUUGGGGAUGUGUUUGGGUUCUUGGCGGCCUGGACGUGGGUGGUUGCUGUCAUGCCUGCUACCCUGGCCAUCCUUAGCAUCGUCUUUGUUGAGAGCAUCUACUCGGCUGCUGGGGUGACGGGCGAAGGGGACAGGAUUGUGCACAAGCUGCUCUCGAUUGCGGUGUUAGCUUUCAUCGGCGUGGCCAAUUCCAUCAGCACCAAGACGAGCACACAACUCAACAACUUCUUUGUCGCCACCAAGUUUAUCACCAUUGCCGCCAUCGUCCUGGCCGGUAUAGUGGUUGUCAUCCUGCAGCUUGUUGAUCCGCACCAACAAGUCGGCGGCGGAGACUGGAGAAAGAAGCCUUGGUUUGGCUCCCGGGACAGUGUCAAUCCAGACGGCAGCGUCACUCAUUGGGACAGCUUGGGCCAGUGGGAUAUCUUUGGACACCUCUCUGCAGCUUUGUAUGCGGCCCUGUGGGCGUACUCUGGAUGGGACAAGGCCAUCUACAUUUCUGCAGAACUCUCGGCCCCUGCUCGCCAACUGCCCCUGGCCAUCAACACCUCCCUGCCCAGUAUCAUUCUGUGUUUCCUCACCGCAAAUGCGGCAUAUUACAUCCUGCUGCCCUGGGAUGUAGUUGCAACGACCGAUAGCGUAGCAGUGACGGCUAUUACACGCCUGCUUGGUCGGGGGUUUGGGAUUGCAGCAGCCGUCUUGAUCUGCCUUGUUGUUGCAGGUUCUCUGCUCGGCAACUCCUUCGUUGCUGGCCGCAUGGCCGUCGCGGCAGCCAACCAGAAUUGGCUCCCUCGUGUCCUCAGCGUCGUCGGGCGCGUUGGAACUCACCGAGAGGUUGUAGAGGGAGACCCCGAUAAGGAGCCAGAAUCCGACGCGCCCAUCAACGCUCUCAUUCUUUCGACUGCCCUCGGCGCAAUUUACAUUCUGCUUGGCAACUUCCGCGCUCUUCUGACGUUCAACGGGCUAGGAGAGUAUACCUUCUUCUUUCUGACGGUCCUUGGCGCCAUCAUUCUUCGGUACCGCCAGCCCGAACUGGCGAGGCCUUACAAGCCUUUCGUCCUGAUCCCUGUAAUCUUUGCGCUUAAACACUCGACCGAUCUCCUCCUUGCACGACUACAAAGCUGGGUUAGGGUUAGCCCCUUGGCUACCCCUCCCCGGUUGUCAACAUCCAUGAUCCAUCAUGAUGCACUACCCCGACGCGCAGCGUACAUCACGCUCAACACACCCCAACGGCGCAACGCCCUCUCUCUAGCCGAGCUCCGCUCCCUCCGCGACCAGCUCAUCAAAGCCAACACAUCCCCCAUCACCGGCCGCACCCUCCUCCUCCCGCCCUUCAAGCCCUCCAUCCUCUCCAAGCUCGAACAAUCCCUCACCAAACCCAACCCCAACCCCAACCAACCAGAAGAAGAACAAGAAGACGACGACUACACCUGGCUCACCUCAUCCCACACCUUCGCGUACCACCGCGCCACCCUCCCCAGCACCCUGAUCCUGGCCUCCCACGGCCCCGUCUUCAGCUCGGGCCACGACCUCCGCGAACUGCGCACCUCACCCCCCACAGCCAUCUCCGAGACCUUCCGCCUCUGCGCCCAAGUCAUGACCCUCAUCCGCCGCAGCCCGGCGCUGGUGGUGGUCGCGGAUCCAUGGUCAUGCCCCUUGCGGCCGGGUUCCAGCUGGCGCUGA